UGCUCCAUCAACAUAGUUGGGAGUGAUCACUGAAGAAGGAAGCAAACCACUAUAACAUGGUGCCUCCAGCCUAUGCAGAAAAAUACUACGGUUGCUGAUACUGCUGAGAGGUCAAGGAGCACAAGGGUGGAUGGACCACCCCCACCUUCGCUCCACCAAAGAAUAUGGACAAGCACAAAUACUUGGUUAAUGAAGGCAGUUGGAACCAGAAUUGCUGUCGCUAAGCAAUAAAGUCAUAAAGUGGGACAUCAUGUGACCACGCCAUCUAUUGACAUCAAUUCCAGCAGUCCUGGUUGCCAUUGUUAAGGGAGGACAACACAGAUAAUUAAGCAAGAAUCUCACAUGACUAGGACUUCCAACUUCCUGUGGACUUCCCCGUUGACUUUGCUUGUAGGAAGCUGCCAAAUGAGGUCACAAAUUGUGAUCAUGUGACCAUGGGGAUGCUGUGAUGGCUGGAAUGCUGAGGACCUGUUGUGUCUAUUGCUCAUUCAGCACAAUCAUAAAUUGUUAGUAAAUGUAUAUCGAGCAGGCAGCCAAGAAUGAAGAAAGCAAGCCGGAUUAUUAGUUCGGUGCCCAAAGUGCCUGGAAUAACUAAAAUGCAAAUGGUAGAGAAAGUUAAAACAGAGACCAGUUCCACAACGUCUGCAGUAACGAAACUUCCAAAAGCAGGAACAGCAGCCUCUUUCCUCAAGACUAAGAGCAGCGAGGAUCUUUUAGCUGGAAUGGCUGGAGGGAUGAACGUCAGCAACGGUGUCAAGGGGGGGAAGAAGAGCGUGUCUACCUCCACGGCCCCUUCUACUACAGGGAAUGCCACCCUGGGCCCUGCGGAGAGCAGAUCCAAGCCCACCACAGGUACACAUUCUUCAGCUAAGCGUAGCACUUCAUCUGCAAAUAAGGAAUCCAGCUCUUCCCGGGAAAGAAUUCGUGACCGUUCACGACCAACGCAAAGCAAAAAAUUGCCCCCAGUUGGUCAGGCAAGCAGCGAACUCCUUCUCGCAAAACGUUCCCGCAGCCGUGCCAAUCCAGAUUCUGAUGUUCGCAUGAGCAAGUCAAAGUCAGACAAUCAGAUCAGUGAUAAAUCUGCUCUAGAGGCGAAAGUGAAAGAUCUCUUGAUGUUGGCCAAAACAAAAGACGUGGAGAUCCUUCACUUAAGGAAUGAACUAAGAGAGAUGCGUGCUCAGCUGGGCCUUCAUGAAGAUUCCUUUGAGGGUGAUGAAAAAUCUGAGGAUAAAGAAACAAUUGUGAUCCACCAGCCGACUGAUGUAGAAUCUGCCCUGCUGCAGUUGCAGGAGCAAAACUCUGCCAUACGAGAGGAGCUGAAUCAGCUGAAAAAUGAAAACCGGAUGUUAAAGGAUAGAUUAAAUGCCUUGGGUUUUUCUCUAGAGCAAAGGUUGGAUAAUUCCGAAAAGCUGUUUGGCUACCAGUCUCUGAGCCCAGAAAUGACAACUGGAAGCCACAGCGAUGGUGGAGGAACUCUUACUUCCUCCGUAGAAGGUUCCGCUCCUGGUUCCAUGGAAGAUCUUCUAAGUCAGGAUGAGAACACUUUGAUGGACAAUCAACACAGUAACUCCAUGGAUAACUUAGAUAGCGAGUGCAGUGAAGUGUACCAGCCGCUCACGUCCAGUGACGAUGCUUUAGAUGCUCCAUCGUCUUCAGAGUCGGAAGGACUGCCGAGCAUAGAGACAUCAAGAAAAGGCAGCAGCGGCAAUGCCAGCGAAGUGUCCGUGGCUUGUUUAACAGAACGGAUUCAUCAGAUGGAAGAGAACCAGCAUAGCACAGCGGAAGAACUUCAAGCAACUCUUCAGGAACUUGCAGAUUUGCAGCAAAUUACGCAGGAGUUGAACAGUGAGAAUGAAAGGCUUGGAGAAGAAAAGGUAAUCCUCAUGGAAUCUUUGUGCCAGCAAAGUGAUAAGUUGGAACACUUUAGCCGACAAAUUGAGUAUUUCCGCUCUCUUUUAGACGAGCAUCAUAUAUCAUAUGUUAUUGAUGAAGACAUGAAAAGUGGGCGCUACAUGGAGCUAGAGCAACGUUUUAUGGACCUUGCAGAGAAUGCGCGUUUUGAAAGAGAGCAGCUUCUGGGUGUCCAGCAGCAUCUAAGCAACACUUUGAAGAUGGCUGAGCAAGACAAUAAGGAAGCCCAAGAGAUGAUAGGGGCAUUGAAGGAACGGAAUCACCACAUGGAGCGAAUUCUUGACUCGGAGCAGAAAAGCAAGGCCACUCUGGUGGCUGCCUUGGAUGAGUACAAAGCUACCGUCUCCAGUGACCAAAUUGAGAUGAACCGAUUGAAAGCACAGCUGGAACAUGAGAAGCAGAAAGUUGCUGAGCUCUAUUCUAUACACAAAUCGGGUGAUAAGUCAGACAUCCAGGACCUGCUAGAGAGUGUCAGGCUUGACAAAGAGAAAGCAGAGACGUUAGCCAGCAACCUACAAGAAGAGCUUGCUCGGACACGUAAUGAUGCCAACCGUCUCCAAGAUGCCAUCGCAAAGAUUGAAGAUGAGUAUAGAGCUUUCCAGGAAGAAGCCAAGAAGCAAAUUGAGGAUCUGAACAUGUCCUUAGAGAAAACACGCACAGAGCUGGAGGAGAAGGAGACGGAGAGGAGUGAUAUGAAAGAAACCAUAUUUGAGUUGGAGGACGAAGUGGAGCAGCACCGAGCAGUGAAACUGCACGAUAAUCUCCUCCUCACCGACCUGGGCAACACAGUUAAGAAGCUUCAGGAUCAAAAACAUGACAUGGAAAGAGAGAUCAAGACCCUGCACAGGCGGCUGAGGGAAGAGUCUGCAGAGUGGCGCCAGUUUCAAGCAGACUUGCAGACUGCUGUGGUCAUUGCGAAUGACAUAAAAUCUGAAGCCCAGGAAGAAAUUGGAGACUUAAAGCGCAGGCUGCACGAAGCUCAAGAAAAGAAUGAAAAGCUCACCAAAGAGCUCGAGGAAAUAAAAUCACGCAAGCAAGAAGAGGAACGUGGCCGCGUUUACAACUACAUGAAUGCUGUGGAAAGAGACUUGGCAGCUCUGCGGCAAGGCAUGGGGGCGAGCCGGAGGUCCUCCACAUCUUCGGAACCGACCCCCACGGUCAAAACCCUCAUCAAAUCCUUCGAUAGCGCCUCACAAGUUCCUAGUCCUGCUGGAGCUACAAUUCCCCGGACUCCACUCAGCCCAAGCCCUCUGAAAACCCCUCCGGCAGCUGCCGUCUCCCCCAUGCAGAGACACUCCAUCAGUGGACCAAUAUCUGCUUCUAAGCCGCUUGCUACUUUAUCAGACAAAAGGUCCAGCUAUGCAGAAAUUCCAGUUCAAGAUCAUUUGCUGAGAACUUCUUCUACUAGCAGACCAGCUUCUCUGCCAAGAGUUCCUGCUAUGGAAAGUGCUAAAUCUCUCUCUGUGUCCCGCCGAAGCAGCGAAGAAAUCAAACGGGAAAUGACCGCUCCCGAUGGAACAUCUCCAGCCUCCCUUGUAGCAAUUGGGACCGCUUCGCCACAACUGUCGCUCUCAUCUUCACCAACAGCAUCGGUCACUCCUACAACACGGAAUCGAAUAAGAGAGGAGAGGAAAGACCCCCUGUCUGCCCUGGCGAGGGAGUACGGGGGCUCCAAGAGAAACGCUCUGCUGAAGUGGUGCCAGAAGAAGACGGAGGGCUACGAGAAUAUCGAUAUCACCAACUUCAGCAGCAGCUGGAACGAUGGCUUGGCGUUCUGUGCCGUUCUCCAUACUUACCUCCCAGCACACAUUCCCUACCAGGAGCUGAACAGCCAGGACAAGAGAAGAAACUUCACGCUGGCUUUCCAGGCAGCUGAGAGCGUUGGCAUCAAAUCCACUUUGGAUAUUAAUGAAAUGGUACGAACGGAGCGUCCAGACUGGCAAAAUGUUAUGCACUACGUCACGGCAAUUUACAAAUACUUUGAAACCUGAGAGCAGGAAAAGUGGGGAGAAGCAGAAGCUCAAAACUGUAUCCUAAAACCAACUGGCAUCUUCUGGGUAACCUUCUGGUCAGUUGAGCAAACCAGAAUGAUUAUGCAAACUCAAGAUUACGUGUUAACAAAGAUUUCGUCCUUUUCUUGCCAGAGACUAAACUGAAUAUAAGCUGCAAAAAGCACAAAGCUAAAGAAGGUCAUCUGACCUUUAAAGUGUUCCUAAAGGUUCAGUAAAUAUUAUUUUUGUGACACCCUAAUGCUCCCCAGAGCAGAAGAAGCGGCUUGUUGUAACCUCGUCAAAGCUAUUUGAGAUCAUCUCCGUCUCUUCAGCUAAAAGAAGUGCAAAGGUGCCUUUUCCUUGCCACCUUCACCUGACUGCAGACGCGGCCACGUCAGAGCUGUACAACAGCCUUGCUCAGCCGAGGAGUCUGUGUCUUAAAGCUGCCUCUUCCGAGGAUCGAUUGUAAUAAAGGUCCUGCCUCAAUUGGGGGGGGGGGAAUCUGGGAGAGCAGGCAGGUUAUCCCAAUUCCAGGAGACACCCACAUGGAGAUCAGUUGACUUUUCCUUGGGAAUAACUAACAUUUUUUUCUUCUUGACUUUCCUUUUUGGUGGUGCUCCGGAUAAGUUUGUUUCAGAUGAAGAGAAUGUUUGGACAGGACAGGAUAAGCUUUUCAAAAGCUGGUCAACGUUUUGCCAAAAGGUCUCGCCCCUGUGGGGUCUGCCAGUAGCUUUGCAGCUCGUCCACCUGCUUCACUGCUGCUCCUGUAAAUGGGUUGAAGUCAAAGGGGCUUCUGGGGCUUUCCCUAAGCAGCACGUUUAAAUGAAUGAUGCGUGUCCCGCUCUGCGGGCCAUGCUCUUUGGAUUAAAACUGGUUUAACAGGUGGAAUUAAUCCUGAUCAGGAGAUGGAACAACUUUGGGCCCAUUGCUGCGGGGGGGGGGGUGCCUCACCUGACCUUGAGUUGAGAGCAGCAGCAGCCCAAGGACCAGGGAGUGCCUAGUGCCCUCCCCCCCCCAAGGGAGGCCCUGGCAAAGAGGCAGUGUUAGGAUUGGCUGCCGGGCAAUGAAAGAGGGGGUCACCCCUUCCCUGGAGGGGCCAGGUGGCGAUCUGCUCACGGGAGAGGAAAGCCUGUUGCCUUUUUGAAAACAAGUCUGUUACCUUUUGUUUGUAAAUGUAAUUUGCUUUUCCCCACUCGAUGUAAUUUUGCGUUCUUUGAUGUGCCUGGCAAAGGACUUUGAAUGUUAAAUGUUGCCGGUGUGUGAGCUGUCGAGAAUAUAAUCCAGUUCCACAAUUUAGCCUGGAAAGUCUCUGGAUGGGCUUUGAAACCAGACCGGGUCCUGAAGCAAGUCAGAAUGAACUCUGAAGAAUGUAGUUUUCUUGUGCCUCUUGCAUGUCCUUCACCGUGCAAAAACACUUUACAAACUGGUCAUGUCGGUAAGCUGCCUAGUGGGUUCCCAAUGCUCAAUUUCUGCUUCUGGUUUUCCUCAAGGAGCCUGCAAAUACUGACAUUUGCCUUGGGAUGGAGAUUGGCAUUACAGGAAAUACACGGGGAACUUGCUCUGCACCUCCCAGCAUCUAUCCUUCCGUUUGUCUUAAAAGGAGUCUUGCAGCAUCAAACGGUGCCCUGGCCUCCCCUGAACUCUCUGGAUGUGGUGGUGGAAGGGAGGCAGUCUUCUUCCGUCUCUUCGGGUCUAAAUCGGGUAGUCAACCUUGGCUCUUUUAUGACUCGUGGACUUCAAUUCCCAGAAUUCCUGAGCCAGCUUAGCUGGCUCAGGAAUUCUGGGAAUUGAAGUCCACGAGUCAUAAAAGAGCCAAGGUUGACUGAGGCCUUGUGUCUUGUGUUUCUCCCCCCCCCCUCACACACACACACUGUUUUGCAUCCUAUAAGAAGACAUACAUAGUUUUCUUCUAAGCAGACGACAACUCAUUGUGGCCCAGGAGCAGUGAGGUGAGUUUUACACAGGAAUUGCUCCAGGAGUUCUUGCUCUCCCCGUCAAGGGAGGGACAGGAGGCAAAGGCCUGGAGAACGAAAGGCAUACAGAGCAGGGGGAGAAAGCUUCCGACUUGUUUCCUUGUAGUGAUGAUUUGUUAACUUUUGAUAAAGAUGGAAUUAUAUUAAGAUCUCACACACACAAAAAUAUUUUAUCAAGGAAAGUGCUCAAAAGGGUGGAAGAAAUCUAAAGCAGCUUCUUCUACAAUAGCAGGGAAGUUCUUUGUUAGAUUCUUUUAAGUACUCGUGGAUUCUUUAGCCAUCUUCUAAAAGCUAACUUAUGUAAAAAUAUAUUCUUGUUACUUUUGUCAUUAAAUAUUUUGAAUAUGCAAUAAAAAAGCUAGUCUGAGCAAUG